AUGAGAGACACGGCUGACAAGCCUGUCCCUGUUGUUUUCCACGACAGAUCGCCUCUCAUGCCUACCACUCGUGAGGGUGGGCAUGGAAUCCGGCCUCGUACGGAUGAGUCGUCCAAAAGUGCUUUGUACCUGGGUUUAUUGACUCUUUCCAUCGGCGGACUUCAAGUAGUAUGGUCUGUCGAACUAUCUAAUGGAUCGCCUUUCCUGUUAUCCCUUGGCAUGAGCAAGUCGCUUCUUGCCUUUGUGUGGAUUGCCGGUCCUUUGACCGGUAGUUUGGUUCAGCCGUACAUUGGCAUCCGGAGCGACAAUUGUCGAAUGUCAUGGGGAAAGAGGAAGCCGUUCAUGGUCGUGGGUGCAGUAGCGACCAUUGUCUUUCUGCUCGCGCUGGCAUGGGUAAAAGAGAUCGUGGGUGGGAUCUUGUCGAUAUUCGGGGCCGAUCCUGCUUCGACGGGCGUCAAGGUCUGCAUCAUUAUCAUGGCUACGGUUUUCAUGUAUUGUCUAGACUUUGCUAUCAAUACGGUACAAGCGGCUAUCAGAGCAUUCAUAGUCGACAAUUGCCCUGCGCAUCAGCAAGAAUUGGCUAAUGCCUGGGCUAGUCGGAUGACAGGCGUGGGUAAUAUCUUGGGCUAUAUCUUCGGUUAUAUGGACCUGCGAUCGAGAAUUCCCUUCCUAGGAAAUACACAGUUCAAAGUCCUCUGUGCUAUUGCUUCGGUUUCACUCAGUGUCACCCUUGGAAUCAGUUGCUCAUACAUCAAAGAACGAGACCCGCAGUUCGAUCCGCCUGUGAUGGACAAGCUGGGCGUUGUCUCAUUUUUCAAGCAGAUUCUCAAAUCCAUACAGAGCCUGCCAAUCCAGAUUUCCCGAGUCUGUCAGGUUCAGAUCGCAGCAUGGGUGGGCUGGUUCCCAUUCUUAUUCUACUCCACGACCUAUAUCGGACAGCUCUACGUGAAUCCGAUCUUUGCGAAGAAUCCCCAUCUAUCUGAAGAUGAGAUCGACCACGCCUGGGAAGACGCCACUCGUGUCGGAACCUUCGCACUUCUCAUUUAUGCGAUUAUCUCCUUUCUCGCAAAUAUACUGUUACCUUUCUUCGUGGUCCCCACCUACGAUCCUGCGCCACCUGCUCCUCAGUCCAGCAUGGAUGCCUCUGAUGAUGAAGGGCCAGCUGUGAGGAGAAUGUCAUUCUCCAGCAUGCCCAUGGGUAAUGCAUCCGAGCCACUCCUCGACGGACCCCAAGUCCCGCAGCAAACGGCCGAAACGCCCACUUGGCUCGCUCGUCUCCGGAUCCCGGGCUUGACGCUUCGUCGGGUUUGGUUAUUCUCUCAUAUCCUUUUUGCAGUUUGCAUGUUCAGUACGAUUUUCAUCUCGUCGCACCGGGCUGGCUCUGCUUUCGUGGGACUGAUCGGCAUUUCCUGGGCUGUUGCCUUGUGGGCGCCUUUCGCUCUCAUAUCGGCCGAGGUGGCGAGAGUUGAUCCGUCUCGACAACGUCACCAGACGAACCAGGCUGAAGCUGAGCAUAUGGUCCCUGAGGAUCAGGACCAUGUCGAUUUCAGCAAUGGAGAUGUGGAAAUUGGCCCCAAGGAUGCUCACGAGGGGAAUGUGGCACAGGCGGGCAUCAUUCUCGGUCUGCACAACAUGGCUAUUUCUUUGCCGCAGAUCCUGUCUAGUCUGGUUUGCAGCGCUAUUUUCAAAGCUUCCCAGAAGCCUCGGGGAGAGCCCUGGGACGAUAGUGUUGGAUGGGUGCUGCGGUUCGGUGGAUGCGCUGCCUUAGUUGCGGCAUGGCUGACUCGAAGGGUUUCUGAUGGGCCUAGAUAG